AGAAGAAAGACAAAGAAAUGAUGUCGAAAAUGGAUGAUUACGAAGUCAUAGAGCAGAUAGGGAGAGGAGCUUUUGGGGCAGCAUUUCUUGUUCUUCAUAAAGCUGAGAAAAAGAAGUAUGUGUUGAAAAAGAUUCGUUUGGCUAAACAAACCGAGAAGUUUAAGCGUACAGCGCAUCAAGAGAUGAAUUUGAUAGCUAACCUUAACAAUCCGUAUAUCGUGGAGUACAAGGAUGGAUGGGUGGAAAAGGAAUCCCAUCUCUGCAUUGUGACAACUUAUUGUGAGGGAGGAGACGUGGCUGAGAUGAUAAAGAAAAGUAGGGGGACAUUUCUUCCAGAAAAGAAGCUGUGCAAAUGGCUAACACAACUGUUGCUGGCAGUCGACUACCUCCACUCCAACCGUGUCCUUCACAGGGAUCUGAAAUGCUCCAAUAUUUUCCUUACAAAAGACAAUAAUAUUCGGCUAGGUGACUUUGGACUAGCGAAGCUACUAAACAAAGAGGAUCUCACUUCAACAGUUGUGGGCACUCCAAAGUACAUGUGUCCAGAGCUUCUUGCAGAUAUACCAUAUGGCUACAAGUCGGAUAUAUGGUCCCUAGGUUGCUGCAUGUUUGAAAUAGCUGCCCAUCAACCUGCAUUCAGGGCUCCUGAUAUGGCAGGACUCGUCAACAAAAUCAAUCGAUCCUCCAUUUCUCCACUCCCAACAGUGUAUUCCUCUACGCUGAAGCAAUUGAUCAAAACCAUGCUACGAAAGAACCCAGAACACAGACCAACAGCCGCAGAGCUGUUGAGGCAUCCACAUUUACAACCAUAUCUUGCUCAAUGCCAUAAUCUAUCUCCUGUCUUUGUCCCGGUAAAGUCUGAACUAAGCAUCAAGGGUAAGCCAAAAGAAAGCCCUUUUCCCAACAAAUGCGACACUGGGAAUCCAAAAGCUGAAAGGACAAGCCCAUCAAAGGAGUUGAGAAUUGUUUAUGAAGGAAAAGCUGAUGCAUUUAUGGUAGUACAUCCGAAUGUAAAUGGUGCCAGUAGCUCAAGAACUAUCUUGGAAUGUACAUCAAGUGCUCAUCACAAAGACGCGCAACAAAAGUUCACCUCUGAACAAUCAGAGAUAGUGCAGGAACCAUUUCAAGUUAUUGAAGAGGCAGGUAGAGAAAGCAAGGAUGAUAAUGGGAGCCGCUGCAAGAGAUUGGCAAUUUUGAGUGUGGAUUCCACACGUAUUGGUGCUCUUACUGGAUGUAAAAAGGGAACAGAAUUGGAGAAAAGUAGCCAGUUUGUACAUGAUAAGAUACCUAGGUGCUGUUUACAUGCAACAGAAACUCCUAACUUGUAUUCAAUCAGUGCUUCUCCACAAAAGACAACAGUAGCAAGUAGAUGGAGACUUCCACGCGAAAAUCAAGUUAGAGCAAAAGAAAAUAAAUUUAGCAGUUCCAAGCAGGUGAGGAAAGAAAAUCUGCAAGAGCUAAGCAGAGGCACUUCUGAUGACUUCUCAAUAAUGAGUACACUAACUAUGCUGCAUGAUUAUGAAAGAAGGAUCAAACUGGAUCCUCAGAGCCAACAGAGAGCAGAAGCUUUGGAAUCACUGCUGGAGAUUUGGGCAAGUUUACUUAGACAGGAAAGACUUGAGGAACUUGCAGGUGUGCUAAGACCAUUCGGGGAAGAAGCUGUGUCAUCAAGAGAAACAGCAAUUUGGCUGACAAAGAGCCUAAUGAAUGCUAAAAACAAAAUACCAGUGGAUCAUAGAAAAGGAUAACUUAAACAAUCCACCACUACAUAUAUAGUAAUUAAUACCAAGUAGGUAACUUAAUUGUGUUUUGAAUCUGACGCAGAUUCAAUUUGAUUCCAUCUGUAUUUACCUCUCACUUCAGCAUCAAGUUCCUGCUGCAACAUUCUUCUCGUAUGUUGCUCAAAAAAUGCCAUGAUUAGACAUCUACAGACCACAUUAUCGGUUAAUUGUACUCAUAUUUUGGACCAAAGAAGUUGCGGACUACAUUUCAGUUGGUCAUCUUAAUCAAGUUCCUGUGAAAAUCGUUUGCUUUGUGCCUAAAAAAGUUCAGCAAACAACAGAAUUAACACUAAGAAAAUAUAUCAUUGCCACUGAAAUCAUAUAAAUCCUUUCUGCUGGAAAGCAAUGACUAAACAGAAUACUGUAAAUUUUAGUGACUCUAAUUCUUGAGGGAAAAGAAACUGUCAUUUUAUGUCAACAACCUUUUUUUUGGCAGCUUAAUUAAACUUCCUCUUGCUAUAAAUUAUUUUAUCUUCUAGUUUUUCUGUUCUUGUUUAUCUCUUAGCAUCAUAUUCUGAAAUUGUCCUUCUCGUGAUCAUGUUUCAAUGUCAAUAAUACUUGACACAAAUUCUGCUUUGGGUACCCGUGAUUUAGA